UCAAGCAACAGCAGUCGCAAAAUGCACUGCUACUUGCCGUUGCGGCCGCGCUUGGAAACCAACCUGGAGAGUAAUUGAAGCAGAUAUUUAUGAAGUCAUUGAGAGGUGAUCUCCAAUUCAACAGGUUAAUCAAUAUAUGGAGAAUUUUCUUGCGAUGCUGGAUUAUGAGGAGAACAUCACCAGACAGACAUUUAAAUUGUUUUAUUUAACUAAAACAACAACGUUAAGUAUUCUGGAUUUUUUUCUUCAACAGCAAACAUAUAAUAUUUUAAUAAAAGAAUCAUAUGCCCCUCACUUCUCAUAUUUAUCUCCAGACUACUUCUCCUUGUCCAAAACUAUUCCAUUCAAUACUAUACCAUGCCAUUCUUACUUCUGCACUGCUGCUGGCGGCAGCUCUGCCUUCAGAACUGAGCUGCCAGCCAGCAGCUGCCGCUCUCCAGCUGCCCAGCUCUGAAGGUAGUGCCGCCGCUGCCAGCAGCAGCACAGAAGUAAGAGUAGCAGCCCCACAAGUCCCACCCCCAACAUAGUUUUAUGACCCCCAUCCCCAAACUCCUAUUUGAGUCAGGACCCCUACAAUUAUAACACCCUGAAAUUUCACAUUUAAAUAGCUGAAAUCAUGAAAUUAACUGUUUUUAAAAUCCUAUGACCAUGAAAUUGACCAAAAUAGAUGGUGAAUUUUGUAGGGCCCUAGUCAUUAAAUAAUUGUUUGAAUAUCUAAAUUUAUUUUUUUUAAUGCUUAAGCUGCGUAAUUUUGGGCAACUGAAAGUAUAAAUUGAUAAAAAUAAAAAUGCUUUCUGUCAAAAUUAUAACAAAAAUAAAAUACUGUAGUCUGGACAGGGCCAAGGAAAAUAAGGGGUGUUUUUAAAGUAUGGUAAAAUAUUUUUAUUAAUGCUUUUUAAACAACACUUAGCGCCUAGUGUAGAUAUGCCCUCAGUGCUAUGUAUUGUUUAAAAAUGUGUUAAAUUAACACCUAUUAGCUAUUUUUUCUAGUGUAUAUGAGCCAUGAGUGACAGCGGGCUAAAGUGUUAAACAUACUAUAAAGUAACCUUUCAAAUGUAUGCCACUGUAAAGUUUAGUUUUAAUGGCUAUAAGAACGGUAGUCUGUUUAACUGCUAGCUGUUUAAGCAUGGGGAUCUGUAACUUAGGAAACACAACAAUUGAUUCUGUUUCUUUUUAGUGUUCUUGUAGAAAAUAACAUAAAGCAAUGAAGAGAUGAUAGAAUUGGGUGAUUUAGUACUGCUGUCUCCUCUGAAAACCAUAAUUCCAAAGCAUUUAUGUGGAAAACUGCAUGGUAUGAAUGUGAAUUAAACUAAAAGGUUGGAAGUCUGUGGAAAAGAAUGGGUUAUGAUAUUGAGCGUUUUGUUGGCUAUGUUAAUGAAGGACUUUUAUGCUGUAUAUGCCGAGAUGUAUUAGAAGACCCCUUACAGGCUCCUUGUGAACAUGCUUUCUGUACUGCCUGUAUACAUGGAUGGCUUGUUCAUCACAAUAAUUGCCCUGAAGACAGACAAGCACUUGAUAUGUCUGUGCUACGACCUCUCUACAGAUACAUGAAAAAUGAUCUAAAUCGACUUCAGCUUCAUUGUAAAAACGGAGAGCGUGGUUGUGAAAUGGUUUGUUCUCUAGAAUCUAUAGACAGACAUGAGAGAGAAUGUGAAUACAGCCAGAUACCCUGCUCAAAUGCUGGUUGUCCAGUUCAGAUUGAACGACGUAACUUAGAUAGCCAUUUGGCAGUGUGUGAAUACCGGAGCCGUGAAUGCCCUAAUGGUUGUGGUUAUAGCAUUCUCAGGGCAGAAGACACGCAGCAUAAUUGUGUAGCAGAGCUAAGAACAGAAUUAGAACUGCUCCGGUCAGAAAUGAUCUGCAGAGUGGAAGAGGCAAAGCAUGAAAUGGAGUCCAGAUUAGAUUCACAGAGAAGGCAUAUGGUGCAAAAAGAGAGUCUUCUGCAAAAUGAAAUUGAAGAACUAAAGAGUCAGAUGUCACGAAUGAUGUCUGAAGUGCGCUCCCUUAUGGCUGCAGAGAGACAGCAUCGUCAAGAGCUGGAGCAAGCAGAGCUCGAAAAGCGUGAAUUAAUGGAGCUGCUGAAAGGCCUACAGAAAGACUGCCAAUUAAAUAAUACAGAAGGAAACAAGAAAUCAACAAGCUUUCGCCCUCUAACACGACUAGAGAGUGUGAAACGAAAACCCAGGGAAGUUACAGUCAUCUAAACAGAAGUAUGACAAAAGCUACUUGAACGUUUUACCCACACCAGACCUCAAAUUUAUACAAAGGACACAUGAUCAGGUGGACAUUUAUGUUGAUACUAAAAUCUGGAACUAAACAAUGGUAAUAAUAGACCCACGGAUCUUGAAUCAUGGGGUUUCUUACAUUUGAGGACUGCAGGACACUUUGCCAUAUUUGAGCUCUCCAGAUUUCUAGACAGUUAGACCCUGAGCAUGUGGGUGAAACCCACCAGCCAGACAUCUAAAAUAUAUGCAUGAGGAAAGAGAGCUCCAUGAUGUUACAAGGGUUUAUGCAAGUCUCCAUGCCUGGCUUGGUUAUUUUUUUUCCCUACUGCGCGUAAUACUAACAACCUGCUGAAAGAAACAAGUAGAAUGUUAGUGACUGCAGUAAGUCUGUUGUGGAAGCAGAAUUAGCACUUAAGGAUUAAGACCUGAGGAUAUCACUAAUAUUUAUCAAAUAUUUUAUUCAUUUAGUACAUUGUAGUUUCACUUAACCCAGCUAACCCAAUCACUUAAAUUGAGUCAGCACAUCUUUCAAGACACAGCCCUCUCUGGCUCUUGCACCAUCAAUUCCCAUUCACCCUUGCAGCUCAGUUUUUUUCAUAGAACCAUACAGUUCCUAUGGAACAAGUAGUGAGCCAGCCUAGACUGCUGUUGCUGCAUAUAAUUGCUUUCUUUCUUGAAAUGUAGCAGUAGAAUAGUGUUCAAUGAGCGCCUGUUGGCUUCAAUUACUUUUCUGAAUGCAAGCCUUUCAGGAGAACCCUACAUCUGCUGUGUACCUGAGUUGCAAUGUACCAGUUUGCUUGUAAGCACCCAUGUAAUUUUAAUUAGGCUGAUUCUAACAUUAAGUUACAUUUUCAUCUCAAUCAUUAUUGUUCAUGUGUGUUAGCAGAUGGUUCACUUAACAUCACAAUUGCAUGGCAAAUUUCUUUUCCUUAUUAGUAGCGGAUGAGUGAAUUAUGUAGCCAGGUAACACAUGCAAUUAUUGUAAACAUUUUAGUUGCAAAGUUAUUGUAUUAUAUACAUCUUAAAAACAUUCUUAAGUGCUUUAAAAAGUUGUUUUUAAAAAGUGACCCUCAGACAGUAAACAGGUCCUGGACUAUAUUUAAAUAAGAAUCCUUGUGAAAUUUGCUACACUCUUCCCCUGGAAUGUGUUUUUGAUAGUCCUUCUCUACAGAUUAUUUGUUAAGGAGUCUGGGAUAAUUUAUGUGGAAUGGUGCCAGCAUUUUCCUUUCUCAUGAAUAUCUUUUGGAUAGACCCAUAGAGUUUAUCCUUGGUACAUAGGGGGAUCUUAUGCAGUUUUCUCAUAUUGACAGAUGCCUUUCUAAAUACCUAUAAGUCUAUGCAACUUUUAUAUUAACAAAUGAACUUUAAAAUGUCUUCCAGCCACAUGGUUCAUUGCCAAACUGAAAUUAGAUUUUUUUUUUUUUACAUUUAAUAAAAAAUGGGAAAUGGGCUCAAAAGUGGAAUUUGGGGGCUAAAUGUCAUAUUGUGUCUAGAAGAGAGCUAACACGUAGCUUGUAACCGUUUGAUUUGCUCUGUGUAUGAAAGUUGAGCUACUCAAGUGUUCAUAAAAGUAGUUUAUUCAUUUCGCUUCUCUUCUUUUCAUUAUGGAAGAUCAGGUGUCCUCCCCUUGCCUAAUAAAAUAGUGAAACAUA